GUUACACUUACUAGAGAUUGCUUUCUAUCAUUUCCUCCUUCCGCAGAUCAUGUACACGUGAGAGAAACAACAUUCGCACAGAACAAUUUUCUGUAGGGAAGACACUGCUCGAGUAUAGGGAAACGCAUUGUAGAAAUAGUGGCAGAAUUACAGCACAGGAACGAAUACAUCUCAGUAUAGUUAGGAAACAAAAUAGGGGUAUGUUACGUAUAGCUCACCUAUUUAUAGAAACUCAUAGAAUGCUGUAAAAGGUAUAUAAGUAGCAAGCGAGGAAAGAAGAGCAAGAUAUUGUUAGUGCAAAAAUCAUAAUUACUACGGUAACACGGAUGCAAUUCAGUAGAUGAUUAGUUUAAUUUGAUAGGCAAAGCUGCACAGUAACAUGAUAAAUGAAAAACGGUGUGUGGUUGCUGAUAUUUUUCUCAGCAUCGGAGGACUGGAAGAAGAUAAAAUUCACUGCCUUUUCUCCAGGGCUUUUGUACAAGAUCGAGAACUUUAUCGUUCAGGACUGAAGCAGCUCUAUGUCAGCACCACAUUUAAUGGAUAUGAAGAAGGACCCAAAGACCAAGAUGGAGGGGAGGAGGAGGAACAGACUUGGUUAGCUGAAGACGGGACACCACAAGAAGGAAGCAGCAAUGAGGAGCUGGAUGAGGAGACAUUGCUGAUGGCCAGUAUGGGACUGCCAGUCCAGUUUGGGAGCAUGUCGGCUCGGAAACAGCGUGCUGUGCUAUCAGAAGGUCUUGGGAAGAAUACAAAAAACAAGUGGAAUGGUAGUCACAAAAAUGUUAGUGAUCCAGCCAUUACCCUAGAAGCUAAAACCUGGUCUGAAGUCCCAGGAGAGACUACAGACCAAGGCGAGCCCACACAAGGGGAUGUAACCCCUGUUAAUACUGGGGAACCUCAGGUCGCUCUUGACUGGGAAAGGUACUGGAGCCAGUAUGGUGAAGGACUUCUUUGGCAGAGCUGGUUGGAAAAGCAUCUUGAAUAUUCUGAGGGUCAGUUGGUGGCCCCCUGGGAUGACCCUGACUGUAAAGCUGAAUGGGAACAACAUGCGAAUGAAAUCUGUUGCCAUUACUGGGAGCAGUUUCAGUACUGGGCCACCCAGGGUUGGACAGUAGAUGAUUCCUGUAGCAGUCUCACAGAAGCAGGAGGCGAGAUAAAUGAAACACAGCAGACAGUCUGCUUGAAAGAAAGUGAAGGCUUAGGCUGGGAGCCUCCAUUCAGGGAUUUCAGCGACUCACGAAUGAAAGAGAAUCCAGAAGUGAGCGAGGAGUAUCUCGAAGAGGGUAUAAAUAUGAUUAGCCUUAAUUCAGAUGAACCAGAGCAGAAUAAAUCGGCAGUCAUUCUAAGCCACAAUACCUGCCAACGAACUAGUCCUGAUAAAAGUGAAUGCCAGGAGAUCUUUUGUUCGGACCGGAAUGAGCCUUGUGAUGGAGGUAAUCAAAAAAAACCUGCUUCAUCAGGUGGAAACUCCAGUGCCCCAACAGAUCCACAGCAAGUCCCUAGAAUGCUGAGUCGUAGAGCAGUGGUACAGGACAGUCAUGGGAAUGGAGAAAAGGAAGGUGAAGAUGAUGACCCUCCAGAACAGAAACAAGCCAAGAUCAAGCGCAGCCAUGAACUGGAUGCUGAGGAGAAUCCUGGUGUGACUUUGAAAGAAGCCUGUGAGGUACUGGGUCUGAAGUGCGGUGCAAAGCAAAAGUUUGGAAACAUUCCCAACUUUACAGAUUGGAAGGUGCAUUACCAUGAAAAGGGUGCUGAAUCGAAGUCAAAGCUCCUGGAUAUGCAUAGGCCUGUCAGAAACAAAAAUAAGCAUGUCUUUUUUACGGAAGAAGGUGAAAUCCUGACCCCCAAGAAAAGCAAAACGCUCAAUAAGGUACAGAGGUUCUUAAAACAAGCUGAGAAUGAAGCAGCAGUAGAUUUUUCUGAUUGCAUGGACUGCGAGUUGUCUGCAAGCAGCGAUUCAGAAGAAGAGGGCUGCUCUAAAAGAGAAACGCCUCUGCUGGUAGAGUUGAGACAUCAGGAAGGCCAUGCUAAUGUUCCUUUAGCCUGCCUGGAAAACAGCAGCAGCAGGAAAGGAGGACAUAGCCAGCAGCAGGUUUCGCAGAUCGGUGAAGAACCACAGCAAGACUUGGGCAUCCCCUGCCCCAUGGAAGACUCUGAAGGGAAUGAAACUCAACAAAAGCGGAUAUCCUUGGGUAUUCUAGACUGUCUUGUUUCUGAUGCCGUUGAAAAGAUCAAUGAAGACCUUGUGUUAAAUCAAGCUUCCAACUUAAAGAAGACCAAAAAGAAGAAGAAAAAAAAGAACACCACCUGCACCGUGCCCCCAGAGAUUGCAGCUGACCCUGAACUGGCCAAAUACUGGGCUCAACGAUACCGCCUCUUCUCCAGGUUUGACGAGGGAAUAAAGCUAGAUCACGAGGGCUGGUUUUCGGUCACUCCUGAGAAGAUAGCCAAGCACAUUGCUGUCCGUGUCCAGGAGAGCUUUCACUGUGAUGUCAUCAUCGAUGCUUUCUGUGGUGUUGGGGGCAAUUCUAUUCAGUUUGCUCUAGCAGGAAAAAAAGUGAUUGCUAUUGAUAUCGACCCUGUCCGAAUUGCUCUGGCUCAGAACAACGCUGAGGUUUACGGAGUGGCAGGACAGAUUGAGUUUAUCCAAGGUGACUUCAUGCUGCUGGCCUCUGAUCUGAAAGCUGACGUUGUGUUCCUGAGUCCUCCAUGGGGAGGCCCUGAUUAUCUCAGUGCUGAAGUCUUCAACAUUAAAACAAUGGUGUCUCCAGAUGGUUUUGAAAUUUUCAGGCUGUCCAAAAUGAUUACAGAGAAUGUUAUUUACUUCCUUCCACGGAAUGCUGAUUUCGACCAGAUUGCUUCGUUAGCAGGACCCGGGGGAAAAGUGGAAGUUGAACAGAAUUUUCUCAAUAAUAAGUUAAAAACUGUAACUGCUUACUUUGGCAGCUUGAUAAGAACAGACUCUUAAAUGCCUACAAAUCAAACUACAUAAAAAGAAGGUCAUAACAUUUGUGUCUUGGUUGAUGUUUUACACAGCAUAUUUCAUUUUUUCUCUAUAAAUAGUUAAUUACUUAAACAUCAGGUCGACCAUGUCCAGUAUGUGUAAAAAUGACCACAAAUGUAAUAUAUCAGUCAUACUUGUUUACAACAGUUCUUGUCGAGGCUGAAGAGAUAUCUUGGUUUUUUACAUUUGCGUGCAACAUUUUAUUACAUACAUGUUUAGUGUCCUGUCUGUGCGAGUUACAUGCACAUUGUGCUUUCUACUGAAUGUAAACAGACAUUUCUGUGGUAAUAAUAUUUAAAUAUUACCCUGUAUUAUGCUUAAUAAAAUUGUCUUUUUAUUCUGUG